CGGUUUGAGUACACCGAGUAUGUUGCGCGGGUGGAAUCGGCGCAACAGCGAGUCGCCCGCGGUGUCGACGCCGUCACUGCAUCUGCCGCUGCGCAAGUCGAGCGUCGCGCCGAUGCCAGUGCCUUCGGAACGCUCCGAGCUCGAGCGUCAAUCGUCAACACUCGGUGCGUCACCGUCACAACCCGCCAUUCGCACCAGCCCGGACCGGAUGAGUGCCAUGCGCCGCUUCAGCCGCGUGCUUCUCGGCCGCACAGAGGAGGUCGAGUUACCACGACGCAAGUCGUCGCUGCGUGCGAUGGCCGACCUCUUUACGACGUCUUCGUUUCGCGUCCCAAAGACGGACGUUGGUCAAGCCAGCUUUGUAGAGCACGGCCUGGAUGCUGGCCACGUCGAGAAGAGCUUGCUCAUCUUGUCCGACGGGUCCCUCGACGCCGAGCUGUCGUCGACCGAGUUUGUCAAAGACCUUGUGACACAUGUCACGCUGCGCGUGCAGCCGUACAUCGCGAGCGACGAGUUCCUGACCGAGUGCACGCCCGUGCAAAUCUCGCUCGCGAUCAAAGAGCUCAUUCUAAGCGCGAUCCGGAGCGUGCGGGAGCUACCAACGUAUGUGGCGACGGACAAAGCCGCCGAGGCGUCGCUGAGUGUCGCUGUGAUUCACCGCGGCAACAAGUCGGAGCCGCCGCGGCUCUACUCGUUUACGAUCGGCGACGUCAAGACGCUCGUCGUACGCAACGAGCAGCUCGUGUUUGAGAGCGCGGCGCUCAUCCACAGCUUCAACACGCCGGCGUGCGUCGCGUCGCAGUCCAUUCAAAGCUUUGAGAGCGACUGCCUCUACGAGUGCUUCCUCCUCGAACCCAAAGACAUGGUCGUGCUUCUCUCGGACGGCGUCGCCGACAACGUGUACGCCCACGAGAUUGUGGCGGCGCUCGAGAGCGAACCGAAUGACAUCGAGGCAGCUGCCAACGCUAUUUUGCAAGUGGCCAUUGCGAGCUUUGAGCACCCGCUGAACGGGCACAGUCCUUUCUCGAUGGCCGCGAGCACCGAGCUGUACCGCCAGGUCGACACCGACCCGACCAAGAUGGCGCAAUACGCCAACGUGAUCCAGAAGGACACCAACAUCAAGUUCAACCCGCUCGCGCGCUUUGCGAGCACUUUUCUUGGCGAGCACUACGAGCUCGACAUCCUAGCCAUGCUCGCGAGCACCGAGGCUGGCCACAGCGACGACGCCACCAUCUUACUUUGUGCCGUAUGACCACCAGAGCAAUCUAGUAUGUAUUAACCACUCGGUAUACCGGAGGUUGAUGUUGUCCUCAA